AACAAAUAGAGCAGAAAAAGUAAAUUCGUCAUUUUCUUUCGACAACCAAGAGAUGGCGCUCAGAAGAUUUUUAGGUUAGCCGCGGAUUUUUAAAAAUCGACACAUUUGAGUUCGAUAAAAGAAACACUUGAACAUCUUUGAAACUUGAUUCAAAUUCAAAUUAAUUUUGAGAGUUUAAUUUAUUUUCCACUGAAAAGUGAAAAUUGAAACUUCGGCCCAUGUGAUUUAAUUCCCAGUUUCUUUUGUAUGUUUAUAUUUAUAUAAAUAAAUACACUCGAUGUAAAAAAAUGAAAUUAAGGUAAUAGUUUUCAAUCAAACAAUCGUUACCACAUCUCGGAGAGCAUCAAAUCAAUUUUAUAAAACAAAAUUGAUAGUAAUCAAGCUAAUCAGUUGUUUAAGUGAAAAAUUUGACAAAAGUCGUGAAAUCAGCGAGGAUAAUCACUCACGUAAUUAUUACUUAAUUUAUAUAGUUUUAAUCGCACGUUUUGGAAUUAAAGUGAAACCAAAUGAAUCUUAGAAGAGAAAGUUGAUUAACGAAUCAUUGAGAACAUCUCUGUACAGAAUUAUUCUUACGAGACCUAUUAAACGCGUUAAAAACACUCCUUUUGUCUCAUCCAAAAAAAGCGCUUGUUCUUAGUAAUUAAUCAGCUGUUUCUCGAGUAAAUUUGACAAAUUCAAUUUGUGUUUCUUAGUUUUUUUCGGAACAGCCUAUUCGACCAGAAAUCUCUGGUCAUAUAGUCCCCGAGCCUAAAUAACCAGAGAGAAAAGUAUAAUCAGUUUUCAACUCUAAUUAGUGAAUUCUUAUUUAAUUAAUGAAAAGUGAUCAAUUAAAUAGUAAAAAAAGAAAUACUAGUGAAAAAAUUAACAAUUGUUUCAGAGAAUUCAGUUUUCUUUUUCAUGUGAAAAUAUCUCAUGUGGUAUCAGUGCUUCUGGAUUUUGAUCUCAAAAUUUGCCUUUAACUGAAUUAACAUUGGAUUCAAUUCAUUAAGACUUGAUCCCAUUUCUGGCUAUUUAGGCUUAACCGUUUUUUUCUCAAGUUUUUGAAUAAUUAAUAAAUGGAAUUAUAAUUAUGUCAUUCAAUAAUUUACCAGAUAAUUGUCUUUGGAAGAUCUUUGGAAAUGUUCAUGAGGCCAAAGAUUUGAUUCGAUUGUCUAAAGUUUGUUCGAGAUGGUCUGAUUUAAUUACGCCGAGACUUAAUCAAGUAAAAUAUCUUCAUUUGGUGGAUGGCCAAAAUGAUUACAUUGAUAAGUACACAUUGUACAUAAGUUCUGGUACGGAUUGGAAAGAUUACAAUUUAAUGGAAUCGUUUCCAAAUCUUAAGAUUAUAGAGGUUUCGUCGCCUGAUCAUCUUCCAUUUGGUAAUUUCAACAAAAAUCCAAAAAUAAAAGGAUUGAUUGAUCUUCAUGAUGAUAUUAAAGAUGAUUUCAAAUUGGAAAACAUCGAAAUGUUUGCUUCAGAACGUUAUGAUCUCGAUUAUGAAAAAGUUUUUCGACCUGAUCAGCUGAAACAGGUUAACUGGCGCAAUUUUGAUUUGUAUGAUCUUCCUUCAUUCAUUAAAUAUUUUCCAAAUCUAAAGCGACUUCACUUAGAGACUGAUGAAGAGGACCAAGUUUUUUACAAUGGACCGAAUUUGUCUUCGUUAAAGAUUCUUGAACUUUGUACAGAUUCGGUUACCAGUUUCCAUUUUAUGGAUUUUUGUCCCUCUUUGGAAAGCGCUUUCAUCUUAUGUUGGGCAGAGGUUAUUCAUGUAGAUGAAUCGAUAAAGAAUUACAAUUUAAGAGAUUUGGUUAUCGAUGGUUCUACAGAUUUAUCGAGGCCAUUACUACAAAGACUACUUUCCAAAUUUCCUAAUUUACAUCAUCUAGCGAUCAGACACAACGAUGUGUUUGUUGAUAGUGAUUCAGAAGAAUUGGUAAAAUUAUUACCAAAGUUGAAAAUAUUGGACUUGAGAACAUGUGUUAAUGUAACUGAAAAAUCAGCUGAUAUUCUGUCCAAAUUUUGUGUCAAAGAGAAUCGAUCAAUUGUUAUGUAUUACGAUUGUGUAAAAGAGCCGAUCGAAUGGCCUAAAUUGGUAGACAUGCAAUACGAACCCAUUUGCUAUGGAUUCGAUUUCAUGAAACAUUGUUUUUAUAAAACUCUCCUUUAUCUUCCAAUUUUCAUUGAUGAAUAAAAUCGAAACACAAUGUAAAAACAC